GCAGCCAUUUUACAUCAUCAAGAGUGAAUGACUGAAGCCGGAUCAGUGCCGGGAGUUUUACACUUUUUCUGUCUUUUAAAUAUCACAUUUAUCUUCCUAAAUAAUCAACACCAUACACGUUGGUGAUCCAGCGGCAGAUUUCUGGAGACAUGGCCACAGAACAUAUUAAUGGAAAUGGUCCAGAAGAACCAAUGGACACCUCUGCUGCAGUUACCCAUUCUGAGCACUUCCAGACUUUAUUAGAAGCUGGUUUACCACAGAAAGUUGCUGAAAAACUAGAUGAAAUUUACAUAGCAGGUUUGGUGUCACACAGUGACUUAGAUGACCGAGCGAUUGAGGCUUUGAAAGAAUUCAACGAGGAAGGUGCUCUGCAAGUCCUUUUGCAAUUUAAGGACAGCGACCUCUCACAUGUUCAGAACAAAAGUGCCUUUCUUUGUGGCGUGAUGAAGACGUACAGACAGAGAGAGAAACAAGGGACCAAAGUGUCAGACACCAAUAAAGGACCAGAUGAAGCCAAAAUCAAAGCUUUGCUGGAGAGGACUGGCUACACACUUGAUGUGACAACAGGCCAGAGGAAGUAUGGAGGUCCGCCGCCAGAGUCUGCUCACUCAGGGGCACAGCCCACCAUCGGUACAGAGAUAUUUGUAGGCAAAAUCCCCAGAGACCUCUUUGAGGAUGAGCUUGUUCCGCUGUUUGAGAAAGCCGGCCCCAUCUGGGACCUGCGUCUGAUGAUGGAUCCUCUCAGUGGCCUGAACAGAGGCUACGCCUUUGUCACUUUCUGCACUAAAGAAGCUGCACAGCAGGCUGUCAAAUUGUGCAACAACAAUGAAAUUCGACCGGGUAAACACAUCGGUGUGUGCAUCUCUGUGGCCAAUAAUAGACUGUUUGUUGGCUCCAUCCCCAAGAGUAAAACAAAAGAGCAGAUUGUUGAAGAAUUUGCAAAAGUCACAGAGGGUCUAAAUGAUGUCAUAUUGUACCACCAGCCAGACGACAAGAAGAAGAACCGGGGCUUUUGCUUCCUGGAGUAUGAAGACCACAAGACGGCAGCUCAAGCCCGCCGCCGGCUGAUGAGCGGCAAGGUGAAGGUGUGGGGGAACGUCGUCACUGUGGAGUGGGCUGAUCCCAUUGAGGACCCGGACCCAGAGGUCAUGGCCAAGGUCAAGGUGCUGUUUGUGAGGAACUUGGCGAGCACUGUCACAGAAGAGAUACUUGAAAAGGCCUUCAGUCAGUUUGGCAAGCUGGAGCGGGUGAAAAAAUUGAAAGACUAUGCCUUCAUCCACUUCGAGGAAAGAGAUGGUGCUGUGAAGGCUUUGGCUGAUCUCAACGGCAAAGACCUCGAGGGAGAGCACAUUGAAAUCGUCUUUGCCAAACCCCCUGACCAGAAGAGGAAAGAGCGCAAAGCACAGAGACAAGCCGCUAAAACACAGAUGUAUGAUGAAUACUAUUAUUACGGGCCUCCCCACAUGCCACCACCGACAAGAGGCAGAGGCCGGGGCGGCCGAGGAGGUUAUUCGUACCCUCCUGACUAUUACGGCUAUGAAGACUAUUACGAUUACUAUGGAUACGACUACCACAACUACCGGGGCGGCUACGAUGACCCAUACUACGGUUAUGAUGACUUCCAAGGGUCCGGGCGAGUACGAGGAGCGAGGGGAGGAGUCCGCGGCGGUGCUAGUCAGACCAGGGGCCGCGGUGGUGUCACACCAAGGGGCCGAGUGGGCUUCUCCCAGCGAGGGGGCCCUGGAACAAGCAGAGCAGGGAAACGCGGCCGAGGGCGGUCCUGACCUGUCACAGUGGAUACUGACUUGAUGUGUGGGGUUACACCGUAAGCUGCAAUGGAUGUUGAAACAAAAAAAAGAGCACGACAAAAAGGUCCAAUGAUAUUCCAGCCUUACAGAAGAAGCACCCCCCCUCCCCCUACCUACCCAUGUUUUUUUAUUUUUAUUUGUUUCUGAAACUGCCACCUUAAAAAAAAAAAAGAAAGGAAAAAAAAAGACGAUUGAGGAUGACGAUUCUAAAUACUCGCAACAGCCUCUUUGCCCCGAGCCCCUUGUUACAGCCCUGAAUGACAGGGAUCUAUGUAUUGCCCUUACAAUCUCCCCCUUCCCUGUCCCUGAACAUGCCAUUUUUAAAUAAUUAUUGAAGAAAUUGCACUUUUUAAGUUCUUGGGUUUGAAGUGGCUCAAAGGAGCUUGAUGCUAUUGUAUAUUUUUGUGCUAAUCGCAAUUUUUAUUGUCGGAAUAUCCAUGUUCUUAAUCGUUUGAUCUGGAUGUUUGACAGAGAACAUUUGCAGGUUUUUAGGGUGUACCCACCUGGCAUGGAUAAGUCAGGCAUUCCAGGAAAGUGGUUCUUUUCAGAACUUGUCUUUAAAGGGUUGGUUGACUACCUCAGUACAGAGGACUAAACUACCCGGCCUGUACUGUAAAUAGGGAAACUAUAUUGAUGAAAGCAGGGCUUGUUUUCAUACAAAAUAUGCACAAGAGCUGCAGCGCAAAAACAAUGUACUUAAUGUAAUAUAGUCUUUUUAGCUGCAGCUCUGACACUGCAAACAGUCAAACUGGGCAUGCAAAACAAUCUCAUAUGAUGAGUCUGAACAAGCCCUGCUUUUAUCCUAUUUUGAACUGAAUUAGCCGCCUUGCUUCUUCAGAGUAUGUAGUUACUGGUUGUAUAGUUUUUCGGAUAAAAUGUUACUUUUGUAAAGGCUUCAACAUCAGAGGCAUCCAAUUGCCUUUGACUAAAAAAAAAAAAAAGAAUAAAAACAAAAAUAAAGCCCUGCAGUGUCCCUUUUGUGCCACUGAAUUAUUCCAGUGGGUUUGUUUUUAUAUUGAUACAAUACAUUUUCAAACAUCAGAAUCAUGUAAAACAACCUAAUUCAAUCCUUCAUCAUGUAAGAUCAUGUUAAUCAUGAAUGAUCCCUUCCCAGUUCCCAAGACAGCAACUAUGAAAAAGAUUUUUUGAGUUAAUCUUGACAGAUGACUGAAUUGCCAUAUUGCCCAGCCAGUGAGCAUGUGUGCCUAAUGUUAGCUGCUAUGAUUUGGUGAGGGAUCAUAGUCACAUAGUGGUAGAAGGGAUACUGCAGUGAAGGAUUUCUAUUUCCGGGUAUAGCAAAAAGGAAACUGCUCUUCAAUCCCAGUUUUCUAUACAGUUAACUCCCUCAAUAAAAUCAUAACAACCACCUUUUGAAAAAAAGAUGUUAGCAGUUUUAAACUAUUGUUGGUGGCCAACAACGUUUUUUGCAUUCCUGCAAAUAAAUUGUUUUAUACUGUAAAAUGGAGGUGAGUGUAACUUAUUUUUGUAAUAAAGUUUUUGAUUUCUA